GUGUUUGACUAAGCUCAAGGUCACGGCGUGAUUCAGUGUGACUGUUAACCUUUUGACUGUCUGCUUGGGAGGAUUUCUGGAAUCCCUGCAGAUAGAUUUUUGAUCCCGUUUGUUGGGAAUAUAUUUGUUGAUUCUCAGGUAUCAAAUUCUUUGGUAUUGACUGUUUCUUUUAUUGUUUAGCGCACUACUUUGCGUUAGAGAAACUUCUGACUGUAUAGCACAGGCUGUACCGUUUGAGAACCGUAUAAUUUGAGCACAGAAUUUGUGUUUUGAUAUAAUUUAAUACGAGUGUCUCAAAAACGCUUGGCGUGCUAUACGGAAAAUCGUAGUCCGACCUAUUCGAAUACAAUUUGGUUCGUCAGCCCUACGUUCAGCCCGAAUACUGGUAGUUCGGUCGUAACAGUUCUCAAACGAACAGUAAUUACUGGUAACAAACACUUCAAUGCCUGGCAAGCGCAACAAGAUCAGCGGAAACAUGGUGUUGGGUCAUGAAGAAAUGCAGACAGAGGUGCCUCCUGAUAUACGGCAAGUCCCUUUUGAUACAUUUUCAUGUCAUGGCUCUAAUACUAGUUUAGUUAGUAGGCAUAGUAAAAUUAGCUCUAGCAUCACCCUUGCAGAGUUAAAAGAAAAGCAGUUGAAGGAAAGACAACUAAUAGAGAUUAGAGAGUUGAAAGAUAGACAGAGGAAGCAGCUUUUAUGCCUUCAGAGAGAGUUAGGGUCAUUAAGACUAAAGGAGAACGUGUGUAGUCAAGCAUCUUCUGCCUCCAACUGUGAUGACAGAGGACAGGAGUAUGUCCACAAUUUCUCAAGCCGUUCUCGUGACCUUAGAACCAAGUCCCCAGAACGGUCAAAACGGUUAGAGCAUUCAGGAACGAAGAAAAGGGAAGUGACCUUGGCAUCUCUAAGUGUGGGUCUUGAGCUUCCAAAGGUUGAACUAAGUACUUUUGAUGGUCAACCAGCCAAAUAUUGGAAAUUUGUCAGACAAUUUGAUUUAUACGUGGUAUCAAAGGUCGAAGACGAUGGUCAACGGCUCUUAUACUUGUUACAUUAUUGUAAAGGAAAAGCUCGAGAGGCCAUAGAAGAAUGCUUAAUGCUUCCGCCAUCAUCGGGUUAUCGUAGAGCAUGCGAUAUACUAAAACGAUUGUUUGGUAGAACACACGAAGUAAGCCGGGCUUUGCUAAAUACCUUGACUGAAGGUUCCAAUAUAGAACACAACGAUGGAGAAAGUCUAUCUAGGUUAGCGAUAAAGAUGGAAAAUUGUUCUAUAGCCUUAGAACAAAUGGAUUAUUCAGUGGAUCUCAACUCUGUAGUAACUAUAGAAAGUAUAGUGAAGAAAUUGCCCACGGCUUUACAGAUGAAAUGGGCCGAAACGGUCGGAAAGAUAACGGCAAAUGGUAGAGAGCCUACUUUCGCCGAGUUAACAGAAUUUGUAUCAUAUAGAGCAGAAAUUUUACUCAGCAGAUUCGGACAGAUUGCAACAGCUAGUAAACGGGUUGUAAGCAGGGUGGCCUGUUCCACACAAGGAUUGUCGUUCGGUAAAGUUGUUAGCAAGUCACCUUGUGUUAUAUGCGGAGAAAAUCAUAGGAUUGAUAAAUGCUCCCAUUUCUCUACAUUAGCAGUCAACGAUAAGUGGGCGAAAGCGAGAGAAAAAGGUUUGUGUUUUUGUUGUCUUAGAAGGGGACACAGAUCUGUGGAUUGUAAAGAUCGCGUUGUGUGUACUAUCGAAGAUUGCCGGGAUCGGCAUCACCCAUUGUUGCAUAAACCUAUUCAAGUUCAGGGUUGUUCGAGUGAGCGGUUGAAAGAAAGUCAUUGUGGGUACACAAAGUCACUAAAAGAGGAUGUUUUUCUUGGCUUAAUCCCUGUACGCCUUAGAGCUGGGGAUAAGGAAGUUUGUGGAUAUGCGUUUCUAGACAAUGGCUCCGAUACAACUUUAAUCAAAUCAAGUACCGUACGACUUUUAGGUUUGUCGUCAGACAGUACAUCGAUUACCAUCAAAACAGUGAACGGAAAUAAGUUAACAAGAUCGAUAACCAAAGCCUUUAAAGCCUACUCUUUAGGCGGAGACGAGUGUAUAUGUAUUGAACAAGCUGUUGUAGUAGACGAUUUGCCGGUGCAUAGGCCAAGAAUACCUGUGAAGGACAGUGCCAAAAAAUGGUCACAUCUUAUGGACUUACCUUGGUUAGAAUUGGUGGGUGGUGAAGUUAUGUUGCUUAUUGGUUGUGAUGUGCCUGAAGCGCAUUGGGCCCUGGACCAAAGGUUAGGUGAAAGAAAGAGUCCUUAUGCUGUUAGAACACUGCUAGGAUGGGUUCUUUUUGGACCAGCAGGUCACAACAAACAGGAGGAAAGGAUUGUAAAUCAUAUUUCUCAAAUUGAUGCCCCUGUAGAGCAUAGCUAUGAGUUAGCUGACGACUAUUCCUCUGACAAAUCAUUGUCUCUGAAUGAUUCAAACGUAAGUAGCAUAGUAGAGCGCGAUGCUUAUUUUGAUGAAAGUUACAAAAUUGCUCCUUUACCUAGAGGAGUUGCUGAGAAAAACGUUGCUGCCUUUGUAAUCAACAAUGGGUCUGGUAUCUGUAAAGCUGGCUUCGCCGAAGACGACGCUUCAAGAGCCGUAUCCUUUAUUGUUGGAGGAACUGGACAUCAAGGAGUGAUGAUGAGGAUGGAUCAAAAGGACAGUUAUGUGGGAGACGAUGCUCGAUCGAAACGUGGUAUCCUGACACUGAAGCACCAAAUUGAACAUGGUAUUGUGACUAAGUGGGGUGAUAUGGAGAAGACAUUUUACCAUGCAUUCUACGACGAGUUGCGAGCGGCAACAGAGGAACAUCCAGUGUUGUUGACAGAAGCUUCAUUGAACCCGAAAGCAAACCGUGAGAUGACACGGAUCAUGUUUGCGACUUUUAAUGCACCAGCUAUGUAUGUUGCUAUUCAAGCGGUGUUGUCACUGUAUGCGUCUGGUCGUACAACUGGUAUAGUGUUGGACUCAGGUGAGGGUGUGACUUACACAGUUCCAAUUUAUGAAGGUUAUGCAUUGCCUUAUGUUAUUUCGCGUCUGGGCCUUGCUGGUAGAGAUCUUACCGACUUUAUGAUGAAGAUCCUGACUGAGACAGAUUGCAGUUCCUCUGUUUAUUUGUGGAACAUACUUAAGCGCAAACCUCCGGACAACGUUUUGUUUUAUAGUAAGUUACUAGUUUUAGUGAGAAGGAGAACCUAUUGGGAAGCUGCGAAUGCUUUGAUUCCUGGAAGGGGCCGAAUAGCAGCAGACUAUAGGUUAGGUUUAUGGAUGUACAGGCGUACUGUUGUAAGUCCUGUGCUCCCCAUUGAUGUAGAGCAGUUAGUAAGGAGAGCCAUGACAGGAAUGUAUUCUAAGGUGUCUUUGCGUAGCUGGAGGGAUUUUGGGGGCCGGUGUAACGGAAAGAGAACGAUGAAAAUCCCUCCACAGCCUUUUUUGUUGGACAGUAUUUCCAUUUAUUUGUUUCUUCUCUUGUCAUAUAUCUUAACCUUUGUUCAGAUCUCGUUUAAGCUUUUAUUAUGUGAUUUUGAUUAGAAACUUAUCUUUUUGUUACCUAAUUUUUUAUUGCGUAUUGCCGGACUAUUGACAGUGAGGUCGUGUUUGACUAAGCUCAAGGUCACGGCGUGAUUCAGUGUGACUGUUAACCUUUUGACUGUCUGCUUGGGAGGAUUUCUGGAAUCCCUGCAGAUAGAUUUUUGAUCCCGUUUGUUGGGAAUAUAUUUGUUGAUUCUCAGGUAUCAAAUUCUUUGGUAUUGACUGUUUCUUUUAUUGUUUAGCGCACUACUUUGCGUUAGAGAAACUUCUGACUGUAUAACACAGGCUGUACCGUUUGAGGUAUUUUGUAUUUUUGAUAUAAUUUGUUCUAUUUCUUAAAUUAGAACCGUAUAAUUUGAGCACAGAAUUUGUGUUUUGAUAUAAUUUAAUACGAGUGUCUCAAAAACGCUUGGCGUGCUAUACAGAAAAUCGUAGUCUGACCUAUUCGAAUACAAUUUGGUUCGUCAGCCCUACGUUCAGCCCGAAUACUGGUAGUUCGGUCGUAACAGUUCUCAAACGAACAGUAAUUACUGGUAACAAACACUUCAAUGCCUGGCAAGCGCAACAAGCUCAGCGGAAACAUGGUGUUGGGUCAUGAAGAAAUGCAGACAGAGGUGCCUCCUGAUAUACGGCAAGUCCCUUUUGAUACAUUUUCAUGUCAUGGCUCUAAUACUAGUUUAGUUAGUAAGCAUAGUAAAAUUAGCUCUAGCAUCACCCUUGCAGAGUUAAAAGAAAAGCAGUUGAAGGAAAGACAACUAAUAGAGAUUAGAGAGUUGAAAGAUAGACAGAGGAAGCAGCUUUUAUGCCUUCAGAGAGAGUUAGGGUCAUUAAGACUAAAGGAGAACGUGUGUAGUCAAACAUCUUCUGCCUCCAACUGUGAUGACAGAGGACAGGAGUAUGUCCAAAAUUUCUCAAGCCGUUCUCGUGACCUUAGAACCAAGUCCCCAGAACGGUCAAAACGGUUAGAGCAUUCAGGAACGAAGAAAAGGGAAGUGACCUUGGCAUCUCUAAGUGUGGGUCUUGAGCUUCCAAAGGUUGAACCAAGUACUUUUGAUGGUCAACCAGCCAAAUAUUGGAAAUUUGUCAGACAAUUUGAUUUAUACGUGGUAUCAAAGGUCGAAGACGAUGGUCAACGGCUCUUAUACUUGUUACAUUAUUGUAAAGGAAAAGCUCGAGAGGCCAUAGAAGAAUGCUUAAUGCUUCCGCCAUCAUCGGGUUAUCGUAGAGCAUGCGAUAUACUAAAACGAUUGUUUGGUAGAACACACGAAGUAAGCCGGGCUUUGCUAAAUACCUUGACUGAAGGUUCCAAUAUAGAACACAACGAUGGAGAAAGUCUAUCUAGGUUAGCGAUAAAGAUGGAAAAUUGUUCUAUAGCCUUAGAACAAAUGGAUUAUUCAGUGGAUCUCAACUCUGUAGUAACUAUAGAAAGUAUAGUGAAGAAAUUGCCCACGGCUUUACAGAUGAAAUGGGCCGAAACGGUCGGAAAGAUAACGGCAAAUGGUAGAGAGCCUACUUUCGCCGAGUUAACAGAAUUUGUAUCAUAUAGAGCAGAAAUUUUACUCAGCAGAUUCGGACAGAUUGCAACAGCUAGUAAACGGGUUGUAAGCAGGGUGGCCUGUUCCACACAAGGAUUGUCGUUCGGUAAAGUUGUUAGCAAGUCACCUUGUGUUAUAUGCGGAGAAAAUCAUAGGAUUGAUAAAUGCUCCCAUUUCUCUACAUUAGCAGUCAACGAUAAGUGGGCGAAAGCAAGAGAAAAGGGUUUGUGUUUUUGUUGUCUUAGAAGGGGACACAGAUCUGUGGAUUGUAAAGAUCGCGUUGUGUGUACUAUCGAAGAUUGCCGGGAUCGGCAUCACCCAUUGUUGCAUAAACCUAUUCAAGUUCAGGGUUGUUCGAGUGAGCGGUUGAAAGAAAGUCAUUGUGGGUACACAAAGUCACUAAAAGAGGAUGUUUUUCUUGGCUUAAUCCCUGUACGCCUUAGAGCUGGGGAUAAGGAAGUUUGUGGAUAUGCGUUUCUAGACAAUGGCUCCGAUACAACUUUAAUCAAGUCCAGUACCGUACGACUUUUAGGUUUGUCGUCAGACAGUACAUCGAUUACCAUCAAAACAGUGAACGGAAAUAAGUUAACAAGAUCGAUAACCAAAGCCUUUAAAGCCUACUCUUUAGGCGGAGACGAGUGUAUAUGUAUUGAACAAGCUGUUGUAGUAGACGAUUUGCCGGUGCAUAGGCCAAGAAUACCUGUGAAGGACAGUGCCAAAAAAUGGUCACAUCUUAUGGACUUACCUUGGUUAGAAUUGGUGGGUGGUGAAGUUAUGUUGCUUAUUGGUUGUGAUGUGCCUGAAGCGCAUUGGGCCCUGGACCAAAGGUUAGGUGAAAGAAAGAGUCCUUAUGCUGUUAGAACACUGCUAGGAUGGGUUCUUUUUGGACCAGCAGGUCACAACAAACAGGAGGAAAGGAUUGUAAAUCAUAUUUCUCAAAUUGAUGCCCCUGUAGAGCAUAGCUAUGAGUUAGCUGACGACUAUUCCUCUGACAAAUCAUUGUCUCUGAAUGAUUCAAACGUAAGUAGCAUAGUAGAGCGCGAUGCUUAUUUUGAUGAAAGUUACAAAAUUGCUCCUUUACCUAGAGGAGUUGCUGAGAAAAACGUUGCUGCCUCUGUAAUCAACAAUGGGUCUGGUAUCUGUAAAGCUGGCUUCGCCGAAGACGACGCUUCAAGAGCCGUAUCCUUUAUUGUUGGAGGAACUGGACAUCAAGGAGUGAUGAUGAGGAUGGAUCAAAAGGACAGUUAUGUGGGAGACGAUGCUCGAUCGAAACGUGGUAUCCUGACACUGAAGCACCAAAUUGAACAUGGUAUUGUGACUAAGUGGGGUGAUAUGGAGAAGACAUUUUACCAUGCAUUCUACGACGAGUUGCGAGCGGCAACAGAGGAACAUCCAGUGUUGUUGACAGAAGCUUCAUUGAACCCGAAAGCAAACCGUGAGAUGACACGGAUCAUGUUUGCGACUUUUAAUGCACCAGCUAUGUAUGUUGCUAUUCAAGCGGUGUUGUCACUGUAUGCGUCUGGUCGUACAACUGGUAUAGUGUUGGACUCAGGUGAGGGUGUGACUUACACAGUUCCAAUUUAUGAAGGUUAUGCAUUGCCUUAUGUUAUUUCGCGUCUGGGCCUUGCUGGUAGAGAUCUUACCGACUUUAUGAUGAAGAUCCUGACUGAGACAGAUUGCAGUUCCUCUGUUUAUUUGUGGAACAUACUUAAGCGCAAACCUCCGGACAACGUUUUGUUUUAUAGUAAGUUACUAGUUUUAGUGAGAAGGAGAACCUAUUGGGAAGCUGCGAAUGCUUUGAUUCCUGGAAGGGGCCGAAUAGCAGCAGACUAUAGGUUAGGUUUAUGGAUGUACAGGCGUACUGUUGUAAGUCCUGUGCUCCCCAUUGAUGUAGAGCAGUUAGUAAGGAGAGCCAUGACAGGAAUGUAUUCUAAGGUGUCUUUGCGUAGCUGGAGGGAUUUUGGGGGCCGGUGUAACGGAAAGAGAACGAUGAAAAUCCCUCCACAGCCUUUUUUGUUGGACAGUAUUUCCAUUUAUUUGUUUCUUCUCUUGUCAUAUAUCUUAACCUUUGUUCAGAUCUCGUUUAAGCUUUUAUUAUGUGAUUUUGAUUAGAAACUUAUCUUUUUGUUACCUAAUUUUUUAUUGCGUAUUGCCGGACUAUUGACAGUGAGGUCGUGUUUGACUAAGCUCAAGGUCACGGCGUGAUUCAGUGUGACUGUUAACCUUUUGACUGUCUGCUUGGGAGGAUUUCUGGAAUCCCUGCAGAUAGAUUUUUGAUCCCGUUUGUUGGGAAUAUAUUUGUUGAUUCUCAGGUAUCAAAUUCUUUGGUAUUGACUGUUUCUUUUAUUGUUUAGCGCACUACUUUGCGUUAGAGAAACUUCUGACUGUAUAGCACAGGCUGUACCGUUUGAGGUAUUUUGUAUUUUUGAUAUAAUUUGUUCUAUUUCUUAAAUUAGAACCGUAUAAUUUGAGCAC